UGCAUUUCUCUUCAAGUAGGCUCAAGGGUGUCGGUGCUACUCAAGCUCAAGACAGUGACGAAACAAACCGGCCGCUUUCACCCAUUAAUGCAGCCGUGGCGCUUCCUUUGUCUUGGCUGAUUAACGACUUUCGCCGCUUUUCGCCUCAAUUCAGUUUGUCCAUAUCUUGAAGAUGACACAACGGCGAAAUCCAACUUAUUCCAUCACCAAUCAGACUACAUUUCAUGCUGUUUCGCUUCUUUGGAUAAACUUGGAGUAGUGUCGUACCAAUGCCAACAUCUUCUAGUAGCAAUUCAACUCAAUUUUGGUUUGUGAAUAUCAUUGCAGAUGAAUGGUCUGAGGAUAAGAUUGAUGCAAUGAUAAAGAUUAGAGGAAAUAUAUGAGGCUUUUAUAUAUGUUGGAUAUUCAAAGCCUGGACUAAGUGCUGUUGAGUGUUCAACAAAAUGGAGGCUCCUCUGUUGGAUGAGACGGUGGAGGGGGCAGUUGAUUACAAGGGCAACCCAGCCAGCAGAUUCAAUUCCGGCGGCUGGAGAUCCGCCUCCAUCAUCAUUGGUAAAUCAUCAUUAGUGUCUUCUCUUUCUUCUCUUUCCCUAUCCAAUUUUUGUAUCCUCUUGGUCAGGGGUGGAGAUUGCGGAGAGAUUCGCCUUGUUUGGAACCUCCUCCAAUUUGAUUAACUUCUUAACGGACCAGCUCCAGCAGUCGACUGCCACGGCAGCCAAGAAUGUCAAUGCCUGGUCUGGGCCUUGGGUUGUUGGCCUUAUCUGCAGCAUUACCUUCUCUCGGCAUUUCUGCCUGCCAACAGACUGAAAAAUUUCUGCCAUGUUCCCCGAAUCUAGUCCAAGUAAUUUUGUUUUUCUUCUCCUUGUAUCUGGUGGCAUUUGGUAAAGGGGGACACGAGCCUUGCAUCCAAGCUUUCGGAGCUGACCAAUUUGAUGAACAGCAUCCAGAAGAGAGAAAAGCUAAAAGCUCUUUCUUCAAUUGGUGGUACUUGGGUAUCUCUUUUGGAACCCUUUCAACUCUUAAUAUCAUGAGCUAUGUGCAAGAGAACCUCAGUUGGAGUCUUGGGUUUGGAAUUCCUUGUAUUGCAAUGGCUUUUGGAUUUGCGGUAUUCUUGCUUGGAACUAGGACGUACAGGUUCAGUAACAGAGGAGUUGAGGAAAACCCAUCUGUAAGAAUUGGACGGGUGUUUAUCACUGCAAUAAAAAAUUGGCAAGUAAACUCUUCAGAGAUAGCUCAUGAAGAGGAAACUCAUGGCCUUUUACUGCAUCAUAACUCUAAACAAUUGAGGUUUCUCGAUAAAGCUUUGAUCGUACCUAAUAGUUUGAAGGAAGAAAGUCAAGCAUGUAGCAUCAAUGAUGUUGAGGAAGCAAAAGCAGUACUGAGGCUCAUUCCAAUUUGGGUGACGUGCUUAGCAUUUGCUAUUGUAUUGUCUCAGAUAUCAACUUUCUUUACAAAACAAGGAGUGACAAUGGACAGAUCAAUAGUUGUUGGAUUUGAAGUACCAGCUGCUUCACUUCAAUCUUUUAUGAGUCUAACUGUUAUCAUUUCCCUCCUGAUAUAUGAUCGUACACUCAUUCCAACUGCAAGAAAGUUCACUGGAAAACCUUCGGGAAUCACAAUGCUACAAAGAAUUGGAUUUGGGAUGCUAUUAUCCAUUAUUUGCAUGGUUGUUGCUGCAUUAGUAGAGGUAAAAAGGCUUAAAACAGCUCAAGAAUAUGGUUUAGUUGAUCUGCCAAAGGCGACUAUUCCUUUGAGUAUAUGGUGGCUGGUUCCUCAAUAUGUAAUAUUUGGAGUAGCCAGUACUUUCACCACGGUUGGUUUGCAGGAGUUCUUCUAUGACCAAAUUCCGAGUGGAUUAGGAAGCAUUGGUGUCUCCUUGUACUUGAGUGUUUUUGGCAUUGGCAGCUUUUUAAGCAGCUUUCUCAUCUCUGCCAUCGAAAAGUUAACUAGUGGGGAUGGGAAACAAAGCUGGUUUGACAAUAAUCUCAACAAAGCUCAUCUUGAUUACUUCUACUGGUUGCUUGCUGGGCUUAGUGUUGUUGGGUUGAUUGCUUUCCUGUGUUUGGCAAGAACUUACAUCUAUACUAAGGGGAACACCACGUAAGUUUAAUUUCUUAUGAAGCAUUGUUAUUUAAAGCUUUGGGAUUAUUGGAUAUAUUUUCAUAUUGUGAAAUCUAUCUGAGUACAUCACUUAUCAAAACUCUUAAUUAGAAUAAAGAAUAUGGAAGUCAUUUCCUUGGUUCUCUCUUUAUUUUUUUGGGAAACGGGUGCUGGAAUUAGCUUUUUGUAGCUCUUGCUAACUAUGUAUCUGUGCUUUUAUUCAUCUUUAAUGGGGCUUCGGUAAAAGAUCAUGAAGACUUGCUUGAGGACUGAGAAUAGCUAAAUCAACGAUUGAGCAUGUUAUUUUUUAGCCUGGCUAAAGAGUUUCUGAAGGUUUGAUUCCCUCAUUCUUGGAAGUUGUACACUAAGAAACAGUGUGUGAGGAUAAAUGGUUAGAUCUUUUAACAUUCUUGUCUUCUAAUGAGUUCGUCGAUGCUUGGUCUAUUUGGGAGAUAGAAAUAAUGUUGAAGAAAAAUAUUCAUAUUCCCUCUGUUUCAAUAAGAUGAUUGAGUUCAUGUCU